AGGGCCGGGCCCCCCGGACCCGCCGGGCUCCGCGGAGGCUGCUCCGGAGCCCCGCUCGGGCCGCUCGGCUGCGCUCCGCGCCCGAAUGGAGGAGCGGCUGCUCGGCGCCCGGUUCCGCUAUCUGAACCAGCAGCUCUACACCGGGAGCAGCCGGGACGCGGCGCGGCUCUUCCGCGCCGACCCUGCCGCUUUCCACCUGUACCACCGGGGCUUCGAGCGGCAGGUGCGGCGCUGGCCCGAGCGCCCCGUGCAGCGCAUCGUGCGCUACCUGCGCCGCCGGCCAGCGUCGCUAGUGGUGGCGGAUUUCGGGUGCGGGGACUGCACGCUGGCUGCCAGUGUCAGGAAUCAGGUGCACUGCUUCGAUCUGGUGCCGCUGAGCCCGCGGGUCACCGUCUGUGACAUGGCCAAGGUGCCACUGGCGGCUGAGUCGGUGGACGUGGCCGUGUUCUGCCUGGCGCUGAUGGGCACCAACCUGCAGGAGAUCUUAGGAGAGGCCAACCGUGUGCUCAAGCUCGGGGGGACCCUGAUGGUGGCUGAGGUGGCCAGCCGCUUUGAGGACACCCAUGCUUUCCUGAAGGCCAUGACGCAGCUGGGCUUCAGGACUGUCUCCAAGGAGCUGAAGGGCUUCACUUGUUUGGAUGACCUGCUGCAUGUCAAGGGCAUUACCACACGCAUCCUGGAGCUCAACAGCCAGCGCAUGACGUGCCGGCGGUGCCCGCGCCCUGAGGGGCCCCCACGGGCCAGCCCCACUCCCUUGGGAGACAGUGAGGACCACAGGGCACCUGCAGCACAGGUGGUGGCUGAAGAGGAGGAAGAGGAGGAGGAGGAAGCACCAGGCCCCUGGGAGCCAGAGCACCCCUGGAAGGGUCCCCCCAGGUCCAGAGCAGACCCUGAUGGUUCUGGGGGGCGGGGACCACAGGAGCCCCCCAGGUCCACCAGGGAGCGGGAGGAGGAGGAGGAAGAGGAGGAGGAGGAGGAGGAGGAAGGGAGCUGCUGCAGCGAGGAAGGGGAAGACAGCAGCAAUGUAUACCUGUACUACACCCUGGGAGAGCGCUGGAUCGACUACCUGCAGCGCACUGGGGAUGGGGGGCUGCUGCGGCACCUGCGCCCCAAGAUGAAGCGGAAGUCAGAGAAUGGGCCAGAUGGCCGGGCCUUGUCCCCUGGGAAGAAGCUGUGCAAGGGCUCUGAGUAUGGCAGGACACUGGGUCCCUGUACACCCAGCCCCACGACCACCUUUGGGGACCUGCGCAAUGCCAAGGUGGGGCAGGCCCGGCGCCGUCGCAUCCCCUCAGUGGCCCCCCCACCUGAGCUACAGGACUGGCUCCGCACCUUCCAGCGCUGGAGCGGCCCUGAGAAGCUGCUGGCCCUGGAUGAGCUCAUUGACCGCUGCGAGCCGGCGCAGAUCAAGUACAUGAUGCAGGUCAUUGAGCCCCAGUUCCAGCGGGACUUCAUCUCCCUGCUGCCCAAGGAGCUGGCCCUGUACGUCUUGUCUUUCCUGGAGCCACGGGACCUGCUCCGUGCUGCCCAGACUUGCCGCUACUGGAGGGUCCUGGCUGAGGACAAUCUGCUCUGGAGGGAAAAGUGCCGUGAGGAAGGGAUCGAGGAGCCCCUACACCUGCGGAAGCGACGCCUGCUUAGCCCCGGAUUCAUGUACAGCCCCUGGAAAUUUGCCUUCCUGCGCCAGCACCGCAUCGACAUGAACUGGCGUAGUGGGGAGCUGCGGCCCCCCAAGGUACUGAAGGGCCACGAUGACCAUGUGAUCACUUGCCUGCAGUUCUGCGGCAAUCGCAUAGUAAGCGGCUCUGAUGACAACACGCUUAAAGUGUGGUCAGCUGUCACAGGGGAGUGUGUGCAGACGCUGGUGGGCCACACGGGGGGGGUUUGGUCCUCCCAGAUGAGGGACAGUGUUGUCAUCAGUGGCUCCACUGACCGCACACUCAAGGUGUGGAACGCUGACAGCGGCGAGUGUGUGCACACGCUGUACGGACACACCUCUACCGUGCGCUGCAUGCACCUGCACGGCAACAGGGUGGUGAGUGGCUCCCGGGAUGCCACACUGCGGCUCUGGGACAUCGAGACAGGGCAGUGCCUGCACGUGCUGAUGGGCCACGUGGCAGCCGUACGCUGCGUCCAGUAUGAUGGCAACAAAGUGGUCAGUGGUGCCUAUGACUACACGGUCAAGGUGUGGGACCCUGAGAGCGAGAGCUGCACCCACACGCUGCAGGGGCACACCAACCGUGUCUACUCACUGCAGUUUGAUGGGACACACAUCGUUAGUGGGUCCCUGGACACAUCGAUCCGCGUGUGGGAUGUGGAGAGUGGGAACUGUCUGCACACACUCAUGGGACACCAGUCACUCACCAGCGGGAUGGAGCUGCGCGACAACAUCCUCGUGUCCGGCAACGCCGACUCUACUGUCAAGAUCUGGGACAUCAAGACAGGGCAGUGCCUGCAGACCCUGCAGGGUCCCAGCAAGCACCAGAGUGCUGUCACCUGCCUACAGUUCAGCUCCAAGUUCGUGGUGACCAGCUCUGAUGACGGGACAGUGAAGCUGUGGGACCUGAAGACAGGGGAGUUUGUGCGAAACCUCGUGGCCCUGGAGAGUGGGGGCUCUGGGGGAGUCGUGUGGCGCAUCCGUGCCUCCAACACAAAGCUGGUGUGCGCCGUGGGCAGCCGCAAUGGCACUGAGGAGACCAAGCUGCUGGUGCUGGACUUCGAUGUGGACCUUAAGUGACCCCGGCCAGCCCGGGGGUCCCGCGGGAGGGGUGGCCCCGGCGCAGGCGCUGGCCCCCGCGGGCAGGACAAGAGGGAGGGCUGGGCCUUAUUUAUAUGCGCGGGAGUGCCUGGCUGGGCCUGCAGGAGCAUGUUUUGUACACGGAAUAUAUCAAUUUAUUUCUG